UUUGAAGCGCAGAUUGCUGUACGGUACUCAGACUGCAGCGCUAGACAGGCUUCCUUUCGCUCUUCCUGUUUUACUACUUUUAGUGCCAGAAGCUGUAGCCAGUGUAUGAAGUGUAGGACAGAGUGCUCAUGAAAGCAAACUUCAGAGGUUGAAAGGUGGAGAGUUCUGAGGAGGCGCGUUUUGAGGUGGCUGCAGAUUGAUCGGUUUGCAGCUAGGAGGGACCCAGAUUGCAGGAUCAUUGCAUGCCAGAGUGGAGCAAAGCCGCACAAGUCAAAGAUGGCGCUGACUAUCAUCGGCCGCUGCCUGAGCUGGGUGGUAGAGCAUGGAGUACGAGACGCCAAUGGAUCUGCAGGGCAAAGGCUCGGCCAACCUAUAAGGGCAAACACCCUAAGACGCCGCAGCUCUUGUUGCUGAGACCGCUUGUUAGGGCGCUCCAAAGGGGGGGCCUGCACAAUGAGCUGGAAGCAGUUUGGAAGACCUACAAGAUUGGAAGCCUGGUCUACAAGCACCCCAGUCAUAUACUACACCGCCUGGUCUCCGCACUCACAUUUCUUGCAAGGAAAGACGAGGUUGGAGUUAUUGCUAGUGAGCUUAUCCAAGUUGACCAACCCAUCUUUGAUAACAACAGCGUUGUGCUAACCCUUGCGUCUUUGAUAGAGGCCGGUUUUGAGACAGAGGCACAGAGACUCGCAGACCUCCAGUUUGAAAAGCAUGGCGUAAGGCUGGAUGUGGCGCUUGAAUCUAAGAUAAGUCAGAAGCAUACGGACUGUCUGGGUGGAGUCAAGUCGUACGAGUUGCUGUUAAAGUUAGAGGGGCCGCACCGAGCGAGCCUUCCCGUACAAGCGGCACUCAUCUUGCAUUGCUACUUUCCGAUCAAGCAGACGGACAAAAUGUGGGAGGCAUACCAGCUUGGCAAGGGGUUCGACGGCAACUUUGACACCACCGUGAUGCGGUACAUGUUGUAUGAGCUGACGGCGGCCGAUCGAAUUGCGAACGCCGAAGAGGUGCUCGAGGACUAUUACAGGAUCCGCCGCGACAGCCGGAAUAGGCUUGAAGAACUUGGGGACGGCGUCUUUACGAGCCUUUUUGAAAUGUACAUGAGGGAUGGGCGGCCGCAGAAGGUAGUUGACAUGGUUCGGCAGACCGUCGAAGAGGGGUACCGGAUCAAGCGCUCAGUGGUAAACUUUUGGGGCAUGAGCGUCAGAAAAGCGGGGUUUAGAAAUGAGGCGAAGCAGAUUGACAUUGCAAUUGGUGAACGGAAAGGGCGGAGGCGGCUGCAACCGUGGAAAAAGCAGGAAGCUAGGGCACUCGGGGCAGCGAUGCGGGGUCGGGAAUCAAGUUGACCCGGUUGGCAAUGCUUUUCACUGUCACCUUGCUUUGUAGUAAGUUCGUAUAGAUGGAUCGAAAAUCGUGUGUACUAUAAUGUAUUCCCGCCACUGCUGGCCGCUCGACUGGCAGACUCGUUUAUUUGGCAAGGCAGCGAUCGGAACAAGAAUUUGGUAAUGAUCGGAACGUGAUAUUAGGUUUAUGAGCAACAUACUAUGCACUGCCUAUCGUUAAGAGAGGCGGCCCCAAUUACCGGU